CCGGCCGCCACCCAUCUCCGGCAGCACACCACUCCUGCUCCCCCUCCUUCUGCUCCCAGGGGUCCCACUCUGGCUCCCUGCAGCCUGGACCGGUCCGGAAUGGUUAGGACUUGCUCCAGCCGCCUCCUUCCCUUCCCCUCCCCCUCGCGUCCCGAGCCCCCAUGUACUCCCUCCGCUGGCUCUCCGCACAGUGUCAACUUACACGCCUUAUAUAGUCCGAGCAGGCUUCAGCCGCGGCCUGCCUGCCGGGACCUGGAGGCGGGGGAGAGGAGAGUGGCCCCUGACUCACCCCACCGCGCCGCCCGAGGCUCCAGUCUGGCUUGGGAAGAAGCCGUGCCAAAUUAGUCUCACAGCCCCCCUCUGGAUGGAAAGAACCUCGAGCAUAAAUGAGGGCUCCCAGUUCCUGGGCGGAGGGGGUCUGCCCAUGUGUUUAUAAGUGAGGAACAGGCACCAUGGAUUCCUUCAAGGUAGUGCUAGAGGGGCCAGCACCUUGGGGCUUCCGGCUGCAAGGGGGCAAGGACUUCAAUGUGCCCCUCUCCAUCUCCCGGCUCACUCCUGGAGGCAAAGCUUCUCAGGCCGGAGUGGCUGUGGGUGACUGGGUGCUGAGCAUCGAUGGUGAGAACACAGGAAGCCUCACACACAUUGAAGCCCAGAACAAGAUCCGUGCCUGUGGGGAACGCCUCAGCCUGGGUCUCAGCAGGGCCCAACCAGUUCAGAGCAAACCACAGAAGGCCCUGGCCCCUGCCGCGGAACCCCCGCGGUACACCUUUGCACCCAGUGCGUCCCUCAACAAGACGGCUCGGCCCUUUGGGGUCCCCCUGCCUGCUGACAGCGCCCCGCACCAGAAUGGACAGCCGCUCCGACCGCUGGUCCCAGAUGCCAGCAAGCAGCGGCUGAUGGAGAACACCGAGGACUGGCGGCCACGACCAGGGACAGGCCAGUCUCGUUCCUUUCGCAUCCUUGCCCACCUCACGGGCACCGAGUUCAUGCAAGACCCGGAUGAGGAGCACAUGAAGAAAUCAAGAUCUUGCAGCCAGGUGCCCAGGACAGAAGCCCCAACCCCAGCCUCAACUACACCCCAGGAACCCUGGCCUGGCCCUACCACCCCUAGCCCCAGCAGCCGCCCACCCUGGGCCGUGGACCCUGCAUUUGCUGAGCGCUAUGCCCCGGACAAAACAAGCACCGUGCUGACCCGGCACAGCCAGCCAGCCACACCCACCCCUCUGCAGAACCGCACCUCCAUUGUGCAGGCUGCUGCCGGAGGAGGCCCAGGAGGGGGCAGCAACAACGGCAAGACUCCUGUGUGCCACCAAUGCCACAAGGUCAUCCGGGGCCGCUACCUGGUGGCACUGGGCCAUGCAUAUCACCCCGAGGAGUUUGUGUGCAGCCAGUGUGGGAAGGUCCUGGAGGAAGGCGGAUUCUUUGAAGAGAAGGGGGCUAUCUUUUGCCCCCCCUGCUAUGAUGUGCGCUACGCCCCCAGCUGUGCCAAGUGCAAGAAGAAGAUCACAGGCGAGAUCAUGCACGCCCUGAAGAUGACCUGGCACGUGCAUUGCUUUACCUGUGCUGCCUGCAAGACACCUAUUCGCAACAGGGCCUUCUACAUGGAGGAAGGGGCACCCUACUGCGAGCGAGACUACGAGAAGAUGUUUGGCACCAAAUGCCGUGGCUGUGACUUCAAGAUUGAUGCUGGGGACCGCUUCCUGGAAGCACUGGGCUUCAGCUGGCAUGACACAUGCUUUGUUUGUGCGAUAUGUCAGAUCAACCUGGAAGGAAAGACCUUCUACUCCAAGAAGGACAAGCCCCUUUGCAAGAGUCAUGCCUUCUCCCAUGUGUAAGCCCAGGACUCACUCAGGGUAGGGCUGGCAGUGGUUACCCAAACCCCAACUCUUGGCCAGAGCCUGGGGUUCCCUGGACCCUGUCCCAACCUCUUCACUUACCCCAUACACACUUCCUCCACCACCAUCACAUGCCGGUGCUGGCCACACCGGCCCUGUUCACCUCCAGUGCCACAAUAAACAUAUCCAGUU